CAAAGAGGUAGGGCGAUGCUGCGGUGUUUUUCCUGUCUGCUUAUGGUCGGGACGGUCACCGCACUUGCCAGUGCAUCCGGCUCCGGUCUUUCUUCGUUCCUGCAUGGCCAGCAAGCCUGUGGCAACCUGAUGGCGCGGCCGCGGGGUCGUCGCCUUCGCAUGAUGAGCCAAGCACCUCCAGGUGAUCAAGCACGAAGAGGGAGAGAGCAGAUGAGAUGCAUGCCUUUCCUCCCUGUGUGUGGUCUGUGUGUGGGCGUGCGCAGCUGGGGGACGAAUCGACUUGAAGCGUGGUGACUUGCUUGACUUGGACAAACUCCAUGACAAGACGCGAGCAGGAGUGCCAUCCAUCUAUCCAGCUGCCGGCAGUCCCGAGUACUUUGUUGGCAAUGACCACCUCGAGUUCACCGCCACACUCGCCAAGAUUACCUACUGGUACGAGAGGGACGGCUUCAACCCGCGUAUUCCCCCGAUGGCGGUGACGCGCCAUGUCCGUGGCGGCAAAACACGCUUCUUGCAAGAAAUUGGGAUGGCGCUGCACAAGAAGGGAGUGCCGGUUGUGCUGAUAUCCUUCAACGACCAGACUGCUAAGAUCGAAAGGUUGGAGGAGGAUGCGUCACUAGAGCAGCAACUGCUUUGGCGGAUCAGCUGGGCGGCGGCCACUGAUGAGGCGCGGGAGCUGAUGGAUAACGACUUCAAACUGUGGGUUGAGAGAAUGGUCCCCAGCUACGAGGUGGUGCGCGAGCGGCUGGAGAGGCAAAACUGUGUGCUGUUGAUCGACGAACUGAACAGUGAGUGGGCGGGCUGGGCGCCACGCAUUCACGCGCAACAUGCAUCCAUGCCUGCAUUGCGUGUGCGCGUGUGUUUGUGUUUGUGUUUGUGUGUGUGUGUGUGUGUGUGCGUGUCAGAGCUCAUUACUGACGACCUUCGAGACAAGCAAGAGGGAAAGGACUUGGCUGAUCUUCUCAAGAGGCGGUUCGUCGACCCCCUGGGGCGAUAUCUUGUGUUCUCGAGCCACAUCACUGCCACAGGCAACAAGCUGGUGAAAUUCAUGCACAGUCCAAGCGAUCGUGAUGUCAUUAGACCUCGCCUGCCUAUCAUCAAGACACUCGAGGACGCAAGACGGCUCGGCGUGCCUGGCGGUGCUACGAAAGGUUCUCUCUGCUAUCUCGGGCUCGCACCUGCGCUGGUGCAUGACACCUACAACAUCCAUAAGCGCAAUGUCGAGGGCUGCAUCAAGAAGCGUUUUGAGAAGCUGGCACUACCGCCUCUUACUGACGAAACCGUGAAGGCCGUCGUUAUGACAAAUGUAUGUGGGCAAGAGGAGUAUGCGGAGAAGCUGGGUGAGUGGUCGCAGGCCUUGGAUGCAUUCGACGGGAGCGACGCUGCAAUGCACGGGAGCGACGCUGUGUCGGUAUUGUACACCUGGCCCCCUUGCUACCUUGCGGCCGCCUGUGACAAAUUGUGUAGGCCCAAGACCGUCAAUCCAGCUUUUCGUCGCGGUUUGGUCUUCAUUGGCAAGAGUUUGCGAGAGCUGAUUAAGGCACCGGAGGGCUCAGGCCGCGAAUGGAAAGGAGUUUGUGCUGCAGUCGUCGUCAUGCGGAUGAUGCAGAGCGAUAUCGCGCGACAGUUCCCCUCACUCCUUCCCAGCAAACACAAUAACCAACCAACCAACCAGCUACAGCCUAAAUGCCGACGCGAGAGACCUCUUACCGCCAGAGCUUCUGUCAGGAUGCCGCUUUGGGGGCGUCAUUGAAGUUACUCCUGAAGAGGGCAGGACAUUCAAGAGAACGGAUGGUUCGGCAGACAUUCCCUAUCUCCGCGAACUGCUCGAGGCGGAUAUGAGCAAUGACUCGACGGGGCUCUGCGAUGGGACGGUGGCUGUCUUCGUAAAGCCUGCCGUCUCCGCAUUCCCUCAGUGCGAUUUUUUCAUCCUUAUGUGUCGAUCGGCAUGUGGACAAGAUCUGGGGCAUGCACAUCAAGACGGCGAGAAGGAAAACGCGUGGCCUGCUAAUGGCUCGCCCCUCACCUGACGUCGACUUCUCAGCGUUGAUCGGCGACGAGUCAACAUCUAGGCACACGAAAGCGAAAUCGAGCUCAGAGUGGACCGUCGCCUCUCAGGCAGCGAUUCUCUCUCUCCUUGGCACCUCGGCAAGACGUACAUACCCUCCCAAUAUGCUCUUGGACCCUCGAGAAGGCUACUUAAGGGAGCUGACCCCAGAGACGAUAGACAAGAUGCGUGUAAAGGAGCUGAGGGAGUGCUGCAAAGAAGCGGGGUUACUAGUGGGGGGCAAAAAGGCCGAGCUGCAGGCGAGGCUGCUCGAGUAUAUAUAGUCGCCGCCGUCAGUCAGAGGGGGGGGAGGGAGGGAUUGGGAGAGCCUUGUGAUUUCGUGUGUGUAUGUGUGUGUGUGUCUGGUAUGGGACAUUUCACUACUGAUGAAUUGGACGUACGUAUGUGCACAUAAGACUCGCCCCAUUCUGGGUGACAUUCUGUCGAAUCUCUGUAAGCGUG